GUAGUGAAGACAUGAUGGAGUCUGAAUGCAGCGGACAUAUAGAAAAUAAUCACACUGAAAUGGAAACAGAGACGAGCUCGGACCCUGAGAACGGUCAAACCGGUGAUACUAAACAGGACAUCUCCAGCACUAAUGAAAACACAGAUGCUCCUUUUAAGAAACCGGGUAUUUUUGUUGCUCCAUCUCUCACUGUGAAGAAACCAGGAGGAUUGAACUCAACCAAGAAACUCACAGAGGAAAUAAGCAGAAGCAUAUCAGAGAAUAAAGACACGGAUCGUGUUACUAAACACCAGCAACUAUCUGCAAAACCCACAGACACUCUAACAGACCCGUGCGAUCAUCCAUCAUCCGAGAAAUCAGAGGCACACAAGGUCCAGCCCAAACCAAAAGACAUCUGGCCUAAGAUCCCUGCCAAACUACCCCCGGCGGGUAAUUUUCCUCCGCUCCCGUACACUGAGCCCCCGUGGGGAUCUGUUCCUAACAUCAGCUACUCGUUUGAGCUGCUGAAAAACGGGGCGAUCCUAGAUACGGUCCCGCUGACCCAGAGAAGUUACUUUGUGGUGGGUCGGUUGCCGGUGUGUGAUGUGUCUCUGGAGCAUCCGUCCAUCUCCCGCUAUCACGCCGUGGUGCAGUACCGGGGCAGAGCUGGGCAGGACGGGGUCGUAGGAGAGGAGAAGGGCUUCUAUGCCUAUGAUCUGGGCAGCACUCAUGGGACUUUUGUGAAUAAGAACAAAAUACCACCUAAAACUUACAUAAGGCUACGAGUGGGACAUGUUCUGAAGUUUGGAGGAAGCACGAGACUCUUUAUUUUGCAGGGUCCAGAGUUUGACGAAGAAGCGGAAUCUGACCUGACGGUGACAGAGCUCAGAGAGCGUGCUAGAAAACAGAGAGAAGAGCUGGAGAAGAGGAUGAUGGGUGAUGGCUCAGAUGAGGAAGAAGAGAAAGAGGACAGCGAAGCCAGUGCUUCAAGGAGAAGCUCCUCAGAAGAGAUUGGCUGCUCUUGGGGAAUGGCUGAAGAGGCAAUGCCAGAAGAGGAUGAGAAUGAGGAGAAUCCGUUUGCCACAGAAUUUCAGGAGGAUCAGGAAGCAGCAUACUUAAAAGACCCGAAAAAGGCAUUACAGGGCUUUUAUGACAGAGAAGGAGAAGAACUAGAGUUUGAGUAUGAAGAAAAAGGCCAUGGUUCCUGGCUCUGCAGAAUUAAGUUGCCGGUGGAUGAUGCUAUGGGCAGGCAGCUGGUGGCUGAAGUGACCCACACAGGAAAAAAGAAAGAAGCGGCCGUCCAGUGCUGCUUAGAGGCCUGCCGCAUCCUGGAGGCCCGUGGUCUUCUGAGACAGGAGGCAGUGUCCCGCAAACGCAAGAAGAAGAACUGGGAAGAUGAAGAUUUUUAUGACAGUGAUGAUGACACGUUCCUUGACCGGACAGGUGCAGUGGAGAAGAAGCGCACUGAACGCAUGAAGAAGGCUGGAAAGAUUCAGGAGCGUCCUGAUACAUAUGAAUCACUGCUAGCCAAACUGGCUGAGGUGGAAAAGGAGCUGGCUGACGCUGAGAAAAGGCUCAGUUCUUCUGGGAGAGGAGUCUCCAGUUCUUCCACCGAGGACCCUCUGGAUGCUUUCAUGAGCGCCGUACGGAGCGAGGCCGCUCUGGAUGGGGUGGAGAGAAAGAAGCUACAUUUACAUGUAGCCGAGUUGAAGAAGGAAGGUCAGAGACUGCGCAAGCUAGCAGACCUGGCCAAACCCACCCAGCUGCCCUCAUUACAGGCCAGCAGUAGUCAGGACACUGAGAAACCUAAGAAGUUAUCUCUGCCUUUGUUUGGAGCCAUGAAAGGAGGGAGUAAAUUCAAACUGAAGACUGGAACUAUAGGAACGUUACCCCCAAAGCGAACCAAUCUGCCUCCUGAGCUCUUCAACAUGAAAGAAAUGCCCCCUGGUGGUGAGGAAGAGAAAGAAGAAGAAGAGGAGGAGGAGGAGGAAAAAAACAAGAAAACAGAGGAUGCGGUCACAGAUGGGGAUAUGGAGGUUGUUCAGUCUGUAGAGACGACCAGCUCAGAGCACUCCAGUGCAGACAGAGCUGAAACUCAGACACACCGCCCUAAUGCCAAAGGAGACCACAAGGACCAGCCUGCUAAGAUAGUUGCAUCUCGUGAAAAACAGAAAUUCAAGUCUCCCCAUCUUCAAGACAAAAGUGCCUCUCCUCCAAAAGAAGAAUUUGACAGCAGUGUCUCAAAUGUCCAGAGUCCAAAGACAAAUACAAAGAAGACAGUCAUUGGCCCAAGCAGGCCUCCUGUGACCAUGUCUAAGCAGUACCCAGAAGAUGACCCCGACUACUGUGUUUGGGUUCCUCCAUCGGGUCAGACCGGUGAUGGUCGAACACAUCUGAACGAUAAGUACGGAUACUGAAUACAGAAAGGAAAGACCAUCCUCACUGGAUCAGGAAUGGAAUCAGCCCAAACGUUCAUCUUAGCCCUUGGGAGUGAACAGAUAUAUAAUUUUUUCUCAUCUUUAUGCCAAAACAAUGAACUUUUUUGACAGAUGUUAGGUUAGGAUAAGAUGUUUCUAGCAAUUGUUAAUGAAAACUGUUUGGUCCUGUGACUGAUUUUCACUUCCCUUUGCCCUGUUUUCACACACUUGGUCUGAGACCAAGGAUAGUUUUGGAGUGGAGGUAGCUUAAGGCUGAGGAAAAGAUUAUUCUAUUUUCAGGGUUGUUUUCCUGGGCAAACAAUAUCAUUUCUUAAACAAUAUUUUGGAGUUUCUGUUUUGCUGCUUAUUCAAUUCGAAAUGUAUUCCAAUUGACAUUGUAUUUUCUUCAAACGCAUCAGUCAUGUCAAUCCACUUAUGUUUAAGAACUUCUGUUGUUGACAAAUCUCUACCCACAGCUUGCUGUUCUUGGAUCAUUUUAACAAGCCUAAGCGAGCUCAUUGACCACUCAAUGCGCUGUUCUGGGUCAUUCUCGGAACAACGGCGGACUCCCUUCUCAGUUUGGCUGAGUGGCCACGCUCCGUAUGGCGAGAGCUCCUGUUGGACGCGGUUCUGUUGACUGCUAGCGAUGCCUCCUCGGAGAGAGGCGGCUUUACCAGCCAUCUGGACACUUGCUUGGCAUUCUAGGAUUGGGAGCAAGCUGUUAAUGAAUCAGUCUAUGUGUGUGUGUGUGUGUUUGCAAGAAAGGGAGUGAUAGUGAGCUCCGUGUACAUUGUUAAUGUGUGUCUUCACUUCUCUUGAUAUUAAUGAAGAGUGACUCAGUGUUGGUGAUGUGCGAGCUUGUGUGUGUUGGCGUCUCCGAGGAUUCGCUACUACGCACUGGUCUCUCUGUUUAUGCAACCCUUUUAGUGCUUUUGAAUUCUCCAUUGUUUGGAGAGCAUGAUUAGUCAUAUACAAAAUGUGUGUUUUGUUAUUUUGUAAAAUAAAAAU